CUGCCCUGCCCUGCCCUGCCCUUUCUCUCUCUAACCUGCCGAUAAGAUACAAUUACAGCGUCACCUUAUUUUCCCUUCUCCACAUGCCUAUGUCUAUGCGUACUUAUUUAUUCAACUUGCCUAGCAAAAAGGUUCGAGAUAAUAAAAAUUAUUAAAGAAUAAUUGGCGUUGCAUUUUCUGGGCCACUCAAAAGGCCUUCUCAACUUGUGAAGUGGCUCGCGCAGAGCUUCUUCUUUCUCCUUCUCCUCUUCCUUCAAAUUAUUAUUCUCUUCAGAAAGAUCCAAUCAUUUAUGGGGUUUAUUGAAAUUAGGGAUUUGAGUGUUCUUUAAUUGUUAAUCUUUUUAGAUUCUUUUUUCACCAAGUGGGGUGGGUUCUUGAUUUUAAGGGAGAUUCUUCAAUCUCUGCACUUUGGGGAUGGUAUCGGUGGCAUGUCAUAAUCUGGAUUUCGGGCGAACAGCGCGGCUGGAUUUCGGGCCGUGUGGCUGCUCAUCCAACGCCACCGCCGCCGCCGCCGUCAAUCGCUUCUCUGUAAAGAACGCCGCCGCCGAGGGAGUUCUUCGGAAUGCCCGGCGGAAGCUCCUCUGCCGCCGGCGUGGAACCGGGCGCUGCCGUGUGUACUCCACCAAGACUCCGGAGGCUUUUCUCAGCGGGGUUGCAGCUGAUGGGCCUCCGUCGGUGCUGGAAGUGACAGAGGAGCCAAAAGGUCUCCGUUCAAUGUCGGAUAUUUUGGAAGUGGUUUCUGAAGAUUUGCUAACGUUGAACAAGAAUCUGCAGUCGAUUGUGGGUUCAGAAAACCCGGUGUUGAUGUCUGCUGCCGAGCAAAUCUUUGGGGCCGGCGGGAAGAGGAUGAGACCGGCAUUAGUGUUUCUAGUAUCACGAGCCACUGCAGAGCUCGCCAGUUUGGGGGAGCUGACGAAAGAGCACAGAAGGUUGGCUGAGAUUAUCGAGAUGAUCCACACUGCAAGUUUAAUACAUGACGAUGUGUUGGAUGAAAGUGACAUGAGGAGAGGAAAGGAGACUGUCCAUCAAAUGUACGGGACGAGAGUUGCUGUGCUGGCUGGAGAUUUCAUGUUUGCACAGUCGUCUUGGUAUCUUGCAAAUCUAGAAAACAUCGAGGUUAUAAAGCUCAUCAGCCAGGUCAUCAAAGACUUCGCCAGCGGCGAAAUAAAGCAAGCAUCAAGUUUAUUCGACUGCGACGUCCAGCUGGACGAGUACCUAAUCAAGAGUUACUACAAGACGGCCUCGUUGAUGGCUGCGAGCGCCAAGGGGGCAGCCAUUUUCAGCGGGGUUCAUGGCGACAUCUGCGAGCAAAUGUACCAAUAUGGUAAGAACCUAGGCCUGUCCUUCCAAGUGGUCGACGACAUUCUCGAUUUCACUCAGUCAGCUGAUCAACUGGGCAAGCCUGCCGGGAGCGACCUGUCCAAGGGGAACUUGACGGCGCCAGUUAUAUUUGCGCUCGAGAAAGAGUCGAAGCUGCGGGACGUCAUCGAAUCCGAAUUCUGCGAGACGGGUUCGUUGGAUGAGGCAAUCGAGAUCGUCAAGGCCAGCGGGGGAAUCGAGAGGGCCCGGGAGCUGGCGAGGGAGAUAGCCGAGCGGGCUGUGGAGAAUCUGGAGUGUCUGCCGGAGAGCUCGUUCCGGUCGGCGCUCGAACAGGUUGUGAACUAUAACUUGGAGAGGAUAACAUGAUCGGAAAUUUGUAAGAAAGAAUGGUUGAAGGUGAAGGGAGGAAAACACUACAGUGAUAUUGAUAUGAUUGUUGUAUAUUUUAUAGGGUGACUGAUGCUUUAGGUAUCAUAUACAUAUAUACGUAUGUAAUUUUGGAGAAGUGGCUUAUUACAAUACAGCAUGCAAAUGCCAAUUGGGAUGUAAAAUUCGAAUCUUUUUUAUGCUACACUACUAAAAAUUUAGAAUUUUUAA